AUGAAUCAUAACAAUAUCUUAGAAGCCAUUUUGAUGCUACUGUUCGUCUCCAAAGGGUGAGUUCAAUGAAAUACUUUAGGAGUGCGGUGUACAAAAUUUUAAUAAGCCAAAAGGCUCAACUCACUUUUUUAUUCGAUAAUUGACAGCCAAUGUUUCAGAUUUUGUGAUGCGUCUUCUGACACUGAAAUAAUAAAAAAGCUGCUUGGGAAUGGAUACGACUGGAGAGUGAGGCCUCCUGGAAUCAACUUGACCAUUCCAGGUAAAGAACAAUACCAUUACCUCUUCCAACACAUACACUUAGGGACUCAUGGCGCUGUUGUUGUUCACGUCAACAUGCUUAUAAGAAGGUUGUCUUAACAGUUAUUCCUUACACAACAUUUGUUUUCAGUAUAUCCAAAAUUGACGAUGUAAAUAUGGAAUAUAGUGUGCAGUUGACAUUUCGAGAAGAAUGGGUAGAUGGGCGUCUUGCAUACGGUUUGCCUGGUGAUUUGAAGCCAGAGUUUCUGAUAUUGACAGCAGGACAACAAAUCUGGAUGCCGGACAGUUUCUUCCAGGUUUCAAAUCAAGAAAAACUUUUAUUUACUGUUAGAUAAUUCUCUGAAAAUAAUCAAGGUUGCACAAUAGAUUGGUAAAAACAAAUAUCUCUGGGAAUCUGAGUACCACCCGCAAAUAUGGCCGCGUGUACAUUAUUGAUGAGAUUUACCGAGAAAAUCUAACCUCUCGGGGUUCUACCACUAUUUUUGAAAUUACUCUACAAUACCGUAUAUUACAGGUGAUAGUGUAUUAGAAGUGCCCUUCUAGUAAAGACUGUCCUUCAAGCAUAGAUGCACUUCUAAUACAGUAUCAUGGUAACUUAUACCUUGAUUUAAAAAAAAAUUCUCUUAUGAUAAAAAAAACACUUCCUAAUUACUUGCUCGUCGAAUUAAUCAAACUCAGAAUGAAAAGCAAGCUCACAAGCAUGCGAUUGACAAACCAAAUGUUCUGAUUCGUAUUCACAAGGACGGCAGAAUAUUGUAUUCUGUUCGAAUAUCAAUGGUUCUCUCAUGUCCAAUGCACCUACAUUACUAUCCUAUGGACGUUCAAACUUGUCUUAUAGACUUGGCCUCUUAUGCAUAUACUGAGAGUGAUAUUGAAUAUAGAUGGAAGAAAAACGACCCAGUACAGUUGAAGAAGGGCCUACACUCAUCGCUGCCAAGUUUCCAGCUAAACAAUGUUGCUAAAACCUUCGACAACACAAAAAAAAGUUAUUUAGGUGUCAACAACUCUGUGCACGAGUAA